ACUAAGAUUCCGCAGGGAACAAGACGAGCCAAUGAAUUUCCCAGCGGCUUGCCCUUCGAGGAAAAGAAAAAACAUAAAAUGCCCACCUACCAAACGGGAAAGGAGUGGAUCACAAGUUCGUGUGCUCCUGCAGGGCAUGAAAACGGUCCUCGUUACCGGUUACCGAAUCUCCUCUGCCAUUUCCCCGAAUCCUCCCCCCUUUAAAUACGCCACAUGCUGUUUCAACACCUCCAUCCAUUCACUUUCUUCUCUCGACCAUCUUUCCUUUGGGCGCUAAUCUCUCUCUCUCUCUCUCUCUCUCUCUCUCUCUCUCUCUCCACCGGCCAUGUCUCCCCGCGAGCUGAUUUCAAGCACAGAGGAGAAUGGUCCCAUGGAUUCGCUACCUCCAUUGGAUUCAGAGAAUGUAGUGGAGGAAUUCCUUCGACAGCCACCUGUCAAGGCAGUUGAUGACCAUCUCAUUGAGUUCUCCGAGGCUAUGAGAACUGUUGCAAAGGCACUGAGACUAGUUGCUGAAGGAAAGGCUACUGCUCAAGCAGAGGCAGCUGAAUGGAAGCGCAAAUACGAACUAGAGCGGGCACAGAAUAUGCAGCUGAGACAUAAAGGAACAACUGAACAACACUUGAUUAGAGUUAAUGCCAUGCAUUCAAGCAUUCACUUAACGUUGAUGAACUCAUCCAAUGAACCUAUAUUGCACAAACCAUCUAUUGAGCAAACUGAUAGGUGCUGUGGGAAGCAUGGAAUUUGCUCAGAUGAGAUUCUUCGGGAUGAAGCAAAAAACUCUGAUUCCAAGGCGUGUUUUACACUUUCAUGGGGUUGCAAUAGUGAAAAGAGUGGCCGUCACAAGCAUAUGGUUGUCUCUUUUGAAAGAGGAAACAUAACUACAGCAGAGCGCAGUAGUAAGCAGAUUUCAUUGAAAUGGGAAUCGCCCCCAAAGACCGUCCUAAUAUUGACCAAACCAAAUUCAAAUUCUGUUCGUAUCCUCUGUGCAGAAAUGGUCAGAUGGUUGAAAGAUCACAAGAAAAUAAAUGUUUUUGUGGAACCUCGAGUGAGAAGUGAACUGCUAACAGAGAGUUCUUAUUUCAAUUUUGUAGAAAGUUGGCAAGAUGAUUCGGAAAUAUUACUCUUGCACACAAAGGUUGAUCUAGUUGUAACUCUUGGUGGUGACGGGACUGUCCUUUGGGCAGCAUCGAUGUUCAAAGGACCUGUUCCUCCUAUUGUCCCUUUUUCCCUAGGGUCUCUGGGCUUCAUGACACCGUUCCAAAGUGAACAUUACAAAGACUGCCUCAAUGAAGUUCUAAGGGGCCCCAUUAGCAUCACAUUACGCCACCGGCUACAGUGCCGUCUUAUCAGAGAUGGAGCCAAAAAUGAACUGGAGACUGAAGAACCUAUUCUAGUACUGAAUGAGGUUACAAUUGACCGUGGGAUAUCAUCCUACCUAACAUACCUCGAAUGCUAUUGCGACAACUCCUUUGUCACGUCCGUACAAGGGGAUGGUUUGAUUGUAUCAACAACAUCUGGAAGCACCGCAUAUUCAUUGGCAGCCGGAGGAUCGAUGGUCCACCCACAGGUUCCUGGUAUUCUCUUUACACCAAUCUGCCCACAUUCUUUAUCAUUCCGGCCUCUUAUAUUGCCAGAGUAUGUGACUUUGCGGGUGCAAGUACCUUUCAAUAGCCGGGGGAAUGCAUGGGCAUCCUUUGACGGCAAGGACAGGAAACAGCUGGCAGCUGGAGAUGCACUCAUCUGUAGCAUGGCGCCAUGGCCUGUGCCAACAGCAUGCCAAGCUGAUUCCACCAGUGACUUCUUGCGCAGUAUCCAUGAGGGUCUCCACUGGAACUUAAGGAAGACACAGUCAUCCGAUGGUCCCAGGGAAUCAUAGCUGCUGUAGUUUCAGUUGUCUGCGAAGUAGGCCGUGCAACAUCCAUAAGGAGUGAUUAUCCAAAUCAGUUUCCAAACCAGAAUAUUUCCAAGAGAUACUUCAGUAAUGGCGACUUAUCGUUACUUCCAAAUACCUGUUGGAGAUUAUUUAGCAAUAGUUGCAACUCGAAGUCCAUCAGUAGGUGUCUAUUUAUAAAACUGAGGAGAGUCACGGUUCGUGCAGAGAAGAAGAUCAAGUAUUUAAGGGCCUGUUUGGAUACUACCAAAUAAGUUUACAUCUUUUAACUUAAGUCAUCAAGAUACUUUACUCACCUAAGUUGGUUUAGUAAGCAUCAUUGUAAAAGUAACUUGUUUGCUGAAAGCUCUGUAUCCUAAUAAGUUUUUUUUUUU